AUGACUGCAAACAUGGGCAGCUGGGCACAACUACGGCAGCAAGCACGAGCGCAGGAAACACAGACAGAGACCCUAUUUCAUACAUACGCGCAAUUCGCCUCGCAAACAGACAUCGCAGCCAAGCCGACCGACGAUGAACGCAAAACAGAAGAGCAGCUCAAUGAGAUCCUCGAAAAGCGAUCCUCCCUUCUCCAACAACUGGCGCGCGUACUCGACUCUGAAGCGCAACCCUCAGCACUCAAAUCCACAAAUCUUGCCCGACAUCGUGAAAUAUUGACACAACAUCGAACCGAGCUCUCGCGGCUAAAGAGCCAGAUCGAGCACAACCGACAAAGAGCCAACCUCCUCUCCAACGUGCGCUCCGACAUCGAUGCCUACCGAGCACGAGACAACCCCGAGGCAGCGGAGGCGGAAUACAUGCUCGAGGAACGACGCAGAUUAGACAACAGCCAUAACGUCGCGGACAGUGUGCUCAGCCAGGCAUAUGCUGUGAAUGAGAGCUUUUCACUGCAGCGGGAAAGCUUGGUAUCGAUACAAAGGAGGAUUACAGGAGCUGCCGCACAGAUUCCUGGUAUCAAUGGGUUGAUGCAGAGGAUUGGAAGCAAGAAGAGAAGAGAUGGCAUCAUACUGGGCUCGUUCAUUGCUUUCUGCUUCUUGGUAUUGCUGUGGUUCUGGUAGCUCACAGCCAAUAUUCUGCCUUUGUCUUUAGCGCGGCGUCUGAGGGAGGGGGCAUUUCUAAGGAAUUUCAAAGGUAUUCUUCGAGCACUGUACAGUACACCAACCAGAUAUGCUUCCUGGUAGUGAAGUGUGCAAACUG